UACUCGCAGAAACGGUUUCACUAAUAGGGCCCGUUAUGUUUCCUCUCGGUGCCUCGAGCCCUCAAUUCCUCUUUCCUUUCUCCCCCGCUAUAUUCUCGCUGCCCGAGCCCCUCAGAUCGCCAGCAACCCAAGUUCUUCGCCGUCCUUCUUCGACUCCGCUGCGAGGGCAAUGCGGCGAAACCUAUGGCAGUCAACAGCGAGGGCGGAACCCUAGCCUGAACACUGCCGCCACCGUGCCACGCACAGGCAGAAAGUAGUUUACCGUCUGGCCCUUUGCGCUGAUCGAGCGGCAUAAGCAGAAGAUGGAGGAAACAGGAUUCAGGAGAGGCACUAUUCAGAAGACUGGCGACUGGCGCCUAUGUUGUCCUCCGCCAUCCGGCCGCCGUCGACCUCCUCCAACAGUUGGACCCAAUCCUCUUCAUGCUGUGCAGCUGAGCCACCGUGGCCUGAAUCUCCGCUUGGUACAUGCAUCUUACAGGCGUCCAAUCAAACAUCAUUUGGGUGAAUUUUUGUAUUAUGUCAAACUUAUCGAUCAGUGCAAUGCACCAUCACCAUGUUGCGGGAAAUCACCAUAUAACACUGAGAUGCAAGGUGCAAUGAGAUCAUAUUCCAGAUUGCUUUGGUGUAUGGAAGAAGUGGUAUUGAUAUCAUAUUCACAGCAGAUGUCAAACGGGUCAUGCCCUUUAUCUCGAAUAUUUUCAUCAAGCAGUGACUAAAAGGCGAGAGAUCACAUAGCUAACAACAAACAUGCAAUCAACUGCCAGUUCGAGUCAUAUUCACCAUGUCUAAUUUUGAUCCGCUCAGAUGGAUAAGGAUUUGCAGAGUGUCCAAUGGAGGUUCUUUCGUUUUUUAAUUUGUCAGAAGCCUUUCCUUUCAUGAUUAGAAAUAAUAACCUAUUCCGAUUGCCUUUUCUAUGCAGCUAUUUUUGAGUAGCUUGCAUCUGACAGUUAAGUGCUCCAAGAUUUGGCAACCAAAAUUGAGCUUACAUAUGCAUGUAUGAAAAAACAGUUAAUAUCAUUUGUUUAAUUGAUCUCUGAAUCGACUGGAGACACAUCUCUCUAGCUUUGCAGAUUGUUAGACAUUUUAUAGGUUCUUUGUUUUUCUCCGGAUGUUAUGAUUAGUCCCGGUUUGUGUCUUCUACGAGCCGCAGAAGGCCAGGUACCGCAACAUCCACAUAAGGGGCACAUAACUGUAAAAUUUUGAAAUUCAGUUAACUUAACAUGUAGGUUCAAAUAUGUGGUGAUAUCUCGGUUGAUUUUUUUUGGCGAACCUGCAGAUGUGCUGCAGCUAUACUGACUGCUGUUUGUGUGAGUUUGUUCCAGCAAAGUGAAUAAAAUGGCUAAUUUUGCGGUUUUUUUUGUUGA